AUGAAUGUACAAGAUUCAACAACCAGCGCACAGCCCUUCAUUCGCCGUAACUCUACUGAGACGUCUCUAGUGAAUGCACUAAGCCGUCUGCAUUUGAGUGAAGGCGGUCAUCAGAACUCGCUUCGGCAGUCCACGUCGGGUGGUCAAGCGCACCAAAAAACACCCCAGAAUGCAGAAAGUGAUUCGCCCAAAACCCAAGCUUUCUCCACUCUCUCCAAGGAGAAAUCUGGCGAGGAGGGAAAGAACCACAAAGAAGAUGGGGCAGAAGCCCUCGUUUCCAACCCAACGCACCCUCUUCGUAGGGAUGGUGGUGACAGAACGGAGCAGCUGAAGUUGCCUGAGCAAGAAAGAGAGCCGAGCCGGUCCCUGUCUAGAGUGGAACAAAUUCCUCGUUGUUCUCCGUUCGCAUGGUGCACCUCAGCUGGACAGGAUGCGCGUCGGACCGUUGAUCAAGGCAUAUCUUCGCUUUUCCAGGCAGAAAGCGGACUGUUGUCGGUGGGGGCUCGUCCCCACGUGUCGCGGCCGCCGCCACUGUUCCAGUUCAGUCUUGUUCCACAUCCAGAAGUUUUGGGAGAGUUCUCUGUGGCUGCGGGGGAUGAUGUACAUCAUCAUCUCCUGCGUGCUGGUCUCGGUAGUCCGUCCUGCCCAAAUCCCAGUACCCCGCUGCAACACUCUCGAGCGGACAACGAAUUCUCCAGAUACUUGCAGCUUCUUUCUGCUGAGAAUCCUCACACAGCCGGGAACCGAUUGGGAGUGAGGGACAACUCCUCUCUGGCCGUCCAGCAGUUCUCGGCGGCUGCCCCAAGCAGCCCGUUGUUGGCAAGACGAGGGCUGCGUUGCAGCCCAAGGAACACUUUGUUGAUUUUUGACUGGGACGACACACUCUUUCCUUCCAGUUGGCUCCGCUGCGCAGGCAUUGACCCGCUGAACCCACUGCAGUUCGGGACUUUCAGCGAGUUACCCUCCCACGUGCAAGAAGCGUUAACAGUGUGUGAAGACAGGGUACUGCAGGUCUUGGAAGCUGCGCAUGAGCUGGGUAUGGUUAUGGUUGUGAGCAACGCGCACACUCGCUGGCUCCGCCUCAGUCUUGAGAAGCUGAUGCCUCGUGUAGGCGUGUUGAUGAGGCAGCGGGAAGUGGCUGUUGUGAGUGCUCGAUGCGUCUGUGAGGCGGUCGGCUGCCCCGAUGCCUCUCUCUGGAAAACGGCGACUUUCGACGCUCUCAUCGAUGCAUUUAUGCGCACGCAUGCUGCCGAAGUUGCACGGCACCGUCAGCUUGACCAAAACUCUACGCUGCUUCCACGGGGCAGGACGGUCCGGAACAUGAUAGAAGGCGGAUAUCCUCAGUCCGCGAACACUGUUGGGGCGUUACGGAUUCCGCGCUAUCUAACGAAUUCUGGAACCAGAACAGCCGCCGCGAUGAUGGCGCUAGAGGACAGGGAUGCUGGAGGCGGUGCAGAGGAAACGGCCAGGCUGUCAGCAGGAACUUCCACUACCGACCAGAGAGCAGAUUCCGGAUGUCACGUCUCCACACUAGCUCAGCUUGGUUUCGGAGGUCAAGCAGUGCAGUCCCGCACAGUUUCAGACGGUGGGUGCGAAGCGCGUCGAGGGACUCGACUGAGUUUUCGGCAGGACGACACUCUUUCGAAAGCUGAGGCGAAAGCACAGCCGACGGGAAUUCAAAAGAUGAACUUCCAUGAUUCAGAAUGUGUUAACAGACUGGGUUUGUAUUCCACGGCACAAAGUGGAGAAGAACGCGAGUGA